AUGACAACAAAUCUCGAACCUGUUCAAACAUUUAAAAUCCUUAUUAUUGGGGAUUCGGGUGUUGGAAAAAGUUCGUUAAUGACUCGAUUUGUUCAUGGUGUUUUCCAUGCUCCGUAUAAUGCGACAAUUGGUGUAGACUUUCAAAUAGCUAUUGUUAAUAGUGGAGAAUUUAAGUGCCGAUUACAAAUAUGGGAUACUGCUGGUCAAGAACGAUUCCGGUCCAUUACAAAUUCUUAUUAUCGAGGUGCCGAUGGGAUUAUUAUUGUUUACGAUGUUACUGAUAGUGAAACUUUCGUCCAUUUAAAAGAUCGUUUUCUCGAAAUACAACAAUUUUGUGAUAGUGAUGUCCCGAAAAUUCUCGUUGGUAAUAAAGAUGAUGAUAAUAAUCAACAAAACAAAUCAGUACUAAGUGAUGAUGCACGAGAGUUUGCUGAAAAACAUAAUCUAUUAUUUUUCGAAAUAUCAGUUAAAAAUAGUAAAAAUGUUGCAGAAGUAUUUAAUGCAAUAGCUAGACUUGCACUUAAAAGACGUCUCGAACAAUCUGGCAGUAUGCCGAGCAAUAUCGAUGUUAAACGAAUUCAGAAAAAUAAAAGUGUUGAUAAUAGUGCAAAUAGAAAAUGUUGCAAUACUUAG